AUGUUGGGAGCUCUGCUAUUAGAACUUGACAAGGGGACUAAGGCAAGCUUAGAGUUCUGCGAGGAAAUAAGGAGUGCAUUGCAAGAAACGGCGGAGGUAACUGGUGUGAUACCGAAAACCACCAUAGAGAUAAGGGAUCUCGAUGCGCUUACGACAACGACGGAAGUCGAAGAAGCGGUUAAACGACUCAUUCCAAACGGAAUCGAGCGGUUGAAGGUCACGGUCACCAAACCAAAUAACAAAGAACUGGUCAGAGCUUACGUGCAACUACCCACCGUAGCAGCUGAUAAGCUUCUCGUGAGAGGCUCGAUCAUUAUUGGAUGGGUCAAACCAAAAAUGCGGACGCGCACCGAAACAAAGCGUUGCUUCAGGUGCCUUGGUGUAGGGCAUAUGCAGAGAAAUUGUAAGGGUCCAGAUAGAACAAACCUCUGCAUCAAAUGUGGCGCACCUGGACACAAACUAAAGGAAUGCACAAACUCUCCGAAGUGCUGCGUCUGUACUGACGCUGGCCUCAAAACCGUCGAUCACAUUGCUGCAUCUGGCAAAUGUGCAUCGGUAAAGGCCCAAAGAUGA